UAUUCCGUACAAAUACACUCAAUGUACUUGCAGUCAUAUCCCAAUACACAGUAGAUCUAUUUUUUGGGGUGUAUAGAUUCAUUAGAUUGAUCGGGCUGCUAUAUCGGGUGGACUGAUUUUGUUUGAUUAGGCGUACCCAGGGUAUUAGCCAAUUAACUCCUUUUAAGCAUCACAAUGGAGUUUCGAUGGUAUCAGCUGCUAUGGUAGAUUUCUAUGAGGACAGACCUUUUGAAUUGUGAAAAAAAAAUUUAAUAGAUAGUUUUUCUGUCCCCAUGUCAUGAAGAGUAUCCAAAUGUUGAAUGUGUGCUGUCGAAGGAUUCUGUUAUUCCAUAGAAAAAAGGCUUUUUAAAAUGUCUAACAUGCUAGUAUAAAGGGAGACUGUUGAAUUAGCCUUUUCAUGUCGGAGCCUUUCAUUUUGCUGACAGUUUUAACCUCACAGCCUUGUGCUUGAAAAGGUAGAGAGGGGAGUUUAAGGCUAUCACUAUUCACCGAAUGAUUAGGGAUUAGUACUGUGAACUUAAAGAGAGGGGGAAAAUACAACACUACCAAAUGGCUCAUUCCCUUAUAAGCUGAUUGAAAAUUAAAACAUGAGCCGAUUCUCAAUCGUUGUCGUAUUCCUGAUGGCCGAAGCAGAAAGUGAUUCCUAGCACCAUGGACUAUCAGCAGCAUUAAUGGUAGACACUGGACCGCUUAGGGGCGAUAGAUAUGAAGACACGACAGGUGUCGUCUGCUCCCUUGGCUGGUUCCCCUCUCAGCAGCCGGUCAACCAGCAGCAGCAGCCUGUCGUUCGAAGGGAUUCCCGACGAAGUCACUCGCCUCUCCGAGGAAAAAAGCAGAAACCUGAAAGGAGGAGAUGAGACAGUAUGGAAGGAGGAAAUUCGGAAGCGUAUGGAAGAUGAGCUGAACGCUCGAGUACGUGAAGCCCUAGAGACCCCUCCACUCGAACGAGCCGAGCGCCAGCGACUGUCCAAUCAACAACAGCAGCAGAGUGCUCGCAGCAAACUUGAGAAACUCAACUCACAUCUCCUGUUUGAACUCAACGACAAAAACCAUGCAUAUCUGAAGGCAAGAAAGUGGCGAGCUCUUCAGGCCAAGAAGCAGAUGCAAAACUUGAUGAGGAUGAAUUACACCCUGACCCCCGCUCCAACCAGCACUAUAGAUGUCAUCUUCAAAGACAAACUCUCUAAAUCCAAUCAGGAUGAGUUUCCGGGUGUGUUUGGCCUGCAGACUUUUUCAGAAGGAAUUAAAGACAGGAACAGUUUAGAUAAAUACCCCUCCCUUAAACAAAUUCACAGACAGUUCUAUACCAAGGAUGGUUUCCUUGCUGCCUUAGACUCGGGACAUUUUCCUGAUGGGUCAAAAUUUGACUGUAAUGAAAAUGGUGCAUAUAAAGACAGAUUUGGGGUGUUGAGAGAUCAGCAUGGCCCCUUCUGGCCAGGGGAGUGGGGCCCACUCUUUCCCACCCCUAGAUUCAUGUGGUUUACAGACAUACCAGAAGAACCCCUGUUUACAUCUGCUCACAAUCAGCAGUUUACAAAAACUUUUGACAACCAGCAGACACCAUAUACCUCAAAAUGGCGGGGAGUGCUGAUAGUGUACGAUUCGGAACGAAGCAGUCGCGACCACUCUCCGCAGCCGGUACCGGAGGGGUGCUGUCCGAACCUUGUCUUUGAAUCCAGAUUUGAAAGUGGAAAUUUAAGACAAGCUCGUAGAGUGGGUCAGUGUGAAUAUGAAUUGGUGCUAAAAACAGACUUGUACACAAACCGCCACACCCAGUGGUACUACUUCAGGGUCCAGAAUGCCGUCCCAGGGGUGGUGUAUAAGUUCAGGAUUGUCAACCUACUCAAAAAAGACAGUCUUUAUAAUUAUGGAAUGAGACCCCUCUUAUACUCUGAAAGUGAUGCUAAGAACAAAUCAAAAGGCUGGAUCAGAGCGGGCCAUCAUAUUAGUUAUUCUAGGAAUAUAAUGCAUUUACACUGCCCCCUGCUCAUGAGAGGAAUUCCUUACUAUGAGUUGGAAUGGCAAAUGGAUUUUCCCAAUGCCGAGGACACGUAUUAUCUUGCCCAUUGUUACCCAUAUACAUUUACUGAUCUCAAAGAAGAUUUAGAUGCCAUGUUGAACAACCCUGAGAGACGACAGUGGAUCAAACGGGAAGUUCUGUGUGAAACCCGCGCCGGGAAUAGCUGCUUUCUGGUCACCUGCACCAACUUUGACACGUCCAGAGAGGAGCAGAUCAAGAAGAAGGUGGUGGUGGUGACGGCGCGUGUCCACCCCGGGGAGUCCCAGGCCAGCUGGAUGAUGAAGGGUCUGCUGGACUACAUCACCAGCAGUGACACACUCGCAAAGGAACUUCGCAAUAGGUUUAUAUUUAAAGUGGUUCCCAUGCUGAACCCUGAUGGAGUGAUUGUAGGAAAUUACCGGUGUUCUUUGGCAGCCAGGGAUCUGAACCGGAAUUACCGGCAUCCCAGGAAGGAGAGUUUCCCCACAGUCUGGUUCACAAAGAGCAUGAUGGAGAAAAUCCUAGAGAGACAUGAUAUUCUCCUUUACUGUGACCUGCAUGGACACAGUAGAAAACAUAAUGUGUUCAUGUACGGCAACAACACCUCUGAAGUGGAAGCAGAGGAUGGCAUUGGUGCUGCCCAGGCUUAUCUCAGAGAGAGGCUCUUCCCUUGGCUCAUGUCUCAGAGAUCUCCAGACAAGUUUUCCUUUCCUUCCUGUAAAUUCCAAAUCAAAAGAUGCAAAGAGUCCACAGGUCGUGUGGUGAUGUGGCGCCAGAUGCGGGUCCUCAACAGCUUCACACUGGAGGCCACAUUUAGCGGGACCAUUCUCAACAGGAAAGAAUUGCGUCAUUUCAAUAUUGGGGACUACAUGGAGAUGGGUCGAGUGUUGUCACAAGUGGUGCUAGAUUAUGAAUUAGCUCAGGAAAACAAAUCUAAGCAAACUGAGGUUGUGUUGGACAUGACUCGAUAUAUCACAAACCAAGUGCUAGAACAGAGAGGCAUGAUUGGUGCACGCAUUCCUAACCUUCAUACGCUGUCCAAAAACAGCGAUGCAGACUCUGGAAUUGAUGCUAGUCAAGACAAUGGUUCCAAUAUGGAGGGAAGGUUGAGUGCUAUGGAAGACCAACUCCUAGCCCAGGAGGACUCGGGAGAUGACUUCGGACGCAAAACGGAUAGGAAGAGGAAGCCCGACUCCAAGAGUCACGCCAACCUCAGUCGGAGGGAGGUGGACAGUCUGAUAGACAACGAGUCGUUGAAGACGAUGGAUGGAUGCCUGAAAAUACUCUCUGACCUCAAUGUUCGCGAGGCCCUCCUGGAAUCUGAUUCGAGUGACAGUGAUAGUGAAUCAGAACCUGAGAUGAAAGCAAUGGAACCCAAACCAAAGAAGAAGAAACGCAGGUCGAAAAAGCAGCGAGACAAGGAACACCAGGAGAGGAAGGGCGGGUCGGGAGGGACCGAGAAGAAAUCGGAUGAACGCUCCAAGUCCCUGACGCAUUGUUUCCAAUGUAGUAGAAAUUUACAUGGGUUACCCAAAGAGAGAUACCACCGGGACAAAGAUUCCACCACCCAUUUAAACCUUAUGACCGGCCAGGCCUUGCCUUCUAUUUCUUGUUCUGAUGCUCAACAUGAUGCCCUUGGUAACCCUGGCAACCUUAAUAAAAAGGCUUUCCAAGGUUCAUUUGUCUUGCACAGAUCAAAGACAACCUCUAAUCUGGAAAAAUACAAGAAACAGACUCUGGACAGUCGAUUUGUCAGCAAGUAUGAAGGAAGGCGAAACGGGGGCAUUCCAUGCUUCUCAGAGGAGCGAAGCAUAGAGAGGGCAGCAAAGAGAAUGGCAGAGAUGAAAAAAAGGACUGAUGAUGAAAAGCAGAGAGACAUGGCCUUCUUUUCAAAUUAUCAGCAAAUGAUGGAGUACUUGAAUCGAUCGGGAGCAUCUCCCUCUCUCGACGCAAAUAGUCAACUCUCUAGUCGAUGCUCCGACACAGAAAUGCCUGAAGCCACACUUGCACGUUUCCCGCGGAGAAUCGUAACUCUUCAACAAGACCGGCCCAUGUCUCCCCACUCCCUACGACGCCACAUUCCCAUCUCCCUUGUGGAAGGUGUCCCAACCAUAGCUGAAACUCUGGCCAGAAUCCGGCCACGAGACCAUUUUAUGUCUCAAUGGACCAGAGAGUGGAUCUGUAACACAACUUUUGAUAUCUCUUCUGCCUCUAACACCGAGUCCUUCCGAGAUAUGACCCCUAAUUGCCUUCCAGCCACGAUGCCUGCAGUCCGGGACAUUAGCUCUGAGGAAGCGAGUGAUAGUGAUGUUCCUUCCUCCUCUACCAUCACGCUCGCCGCCCGCUCUAACCCCUAUAACCAGCAUAUAGAAGCCAGUAGCAAUCUGCAUCUCGCUGGCAUUGCUGCGCAAAAACGACAUAUGAGGAGUGGUUCCGUCCUGAAGACCAUCACACGGCAUAUUCCGUCCAGCUCUUCCACUCCUUCCCCCUUCUUGCCUCAUAGCAUCACCCCCAUCUCCGCGGAAAUGGAGACCACGAAAAUUGAAAAGCGUUCCCGCAUUAGCCGCACCCCAGGUCCACUGAGUGGAGUGACCCAGGAAGCAAUUAACAGAGUUUUGGGUACGAACGCGCGAGGCAGUCCACGUAUGGGCACUAUGGAUCUGACUAAGAUCUCUCCCUCGGUGCUCCAUAGGGAGUAUCUCAAUGUCAUGCUUGAACGCCUGAAAAAACGCUCACCAACACCAGUUUGAGUGCCAAAGGUAAGGGGAUUCAAGGCCAAAGUCGAUUCUUGACCCUUCUACUUGGUAGACAGCGUAAAAGACCGUCCGUCCCCAAAUCCACUCAAGCUGUUCCCUGAAUAAAGGGGGAACCUGUACUGUACUAGUCAUUUGGUGAUGACGUCACUAGUCAUGUGACAACAAUACGGAGAUACCUCAUGUUCAUUGCCAAAGCCAUGCAUCGAGAAAAACGGUUUUGGUAUGACAUCAUCGCAUAAAACUUGCCAUUCAUUGGAUAAGAAUGGGAGAGGAACGCCUUGUGUUGAUUUCAGCAAAUAUUUUUUAUUUUUGAAAUUCUUCAAAGAAAAUAACACUAAUAGGAUAAAAGUGCUAUAAAAGUUUGAUUCAACAGAGCAGGCUUUAGCCAGUGGUCUUUCAGAGUUUGUUUAGAAAACUUUGAUGGACACAUGUCAGUGAUGAAUGAUUUUACGUGAAUGCAGUAUAUAAUUAGGUCACUACAGCAAUAUCAUAACACCUAAGUGUAAUACAUGUAGUUGUGUGACAAACACAAAAUAAAGAACUUGUUGAUCAGUCCAAGCCACAACAACCCAUUCUAUUCAACCGUGUUGACUUGUUUAAAGAAAAAUACACUGUUUGAUUGUAAAUUCAUCCUCAAAAGUUUAAAAAAUGAACAGUACAGAGGUUUAUAGAUAACUGAUGAAUAAAUGUACAAAAAAGUUUCUGUUUAUAAAACGGAAUAUUGUAUAUGUUAAAUGAAUGAAAUAUUAUGUGAUAUAUUUAUUAUGAUAUGAAUUAUUUGUAUUUGAUAAUUUUAUCUAGUUUAUUGAAUAUUAAUAAAAAUACAGAAAUAUU